UGGGGCCCCGUCUGUUGACUAAAAAUGUGACAACAUUUAACCCCAAAAUUGAGCAAAAAUAGUCAAAAUUAGUCUUCACAUACAUGUCCUACAAAUAGUAUAGCUGUUUGUUAGUCAAACUGCUAAGCAUAUAUUCAGCUUCCAGCUAUUAUUUCCGCCAUGGGCGAGUCGUCACGACGCUCGACGGCGGCUCAGUUUUUUGAGGAUGAAGAUCGAGAAAGUGCCAAAAUGUCAGUCUACGACAAGGUGGUUGACUUGCUUAAUCAAGCCUCCUUGAUGUCGAAGGAUGCAGAAAAAGUGAAUGUCCUGAAACAGGUUCAGGAGUUGAUCAUCAUGAAAGAAUCUAAUCUCCUUGACAACUUCUUCGACGAGGUAAUGGCAUUCCAAACAGGAUCUGUUGAUGUGAAGAAAUGUAUAAUUGGUUUCAUGGAGGAAGCAUGUAAGAAGGAUCCAGAGCUUCUGCCAAAGGUGUUGCCCUCUAUGCAGCAUCUGUUGAAUGAUGAGAAUGUGAAUGUCCAGAAGAAGGUCAUCCUGUCCCUGUCCAGUGUAUACAGGGCUCUUAUACUGUGGCUGAGUAUGGCAAAGAGCCCAACAGGAGAGAUGACACAGGUCUGGGAUAUAAUGGCCCGCAUGAAGAAACGCAUCUAUGACAUGCUUGACUCCGACAAUGAUGGGAUAAGAACCCACUGUGUGAAAUUCACGGAAGGACUGGUGCUAACACUAUCCAAGAAAUCUGAGGAUUCUGAGCUACCGAAGGUCGUGCGUGCUAAUGAGGUGAGCUUGGACAUGCUGCCAGAUACGAACAAGUACUUGAAGGUUCACAAGCUGGAGGAGGAGGGCAAGAAGAUGUUUGAUGCCCUACUGCAGUUCCAGGCAUCCCCACAUAUAUCAAGUAUCAAUUUGAUGACAGUGAUGAAUGCUCUGUGCAACAUUGCCAAACAGAGACCCACAUUCUUCAGCCGUGUGGUGCAGGCCUAUGAAAGUCUGCAUGUGAACCUGCCACCCACCCUGGCAGAGUCGCAGGUGACGAGUGUGCGCAAGAACCUGAAGCAGCAGAUGUUGUCGCUCCUCAAACAUCCUCACUCAAUAGACUUCCUCACCAACAUCACCACCCUGCUUACCGACCUUGGAGCCACACAGUCAGAGGUGUUGAAGGUGAUGCCCAAAGUGGAGGAGUCACGGAAAAGGAAGCGACCUGAGGCUGACACCUCCAUCAAGAAGAUCAAGAUUGACAGGGAUGAUGAUGAAGAGGAUUUAGGGCUGACACCCUGGACAGACCGGGCUACGGAUAAGAAGCUGGCCACUGUUAACAUGAGACAGACAGCCAUCGACAUCACUGCGGAGGACGUCACACCUCGUCUCACGGCCGUCAACGUGGCAGAUCUUGUCCUCAUCAGUAUGGCAAUGUUGCCGGACACGAUGCCUCCUCAUUUCCAAGCCACCUACACACCCAUAGCUGCUGCAGGCACAGACGGCCAAAAAGGACAUAUGGCUCGCCUCCUGGCUACACAGCUAACGUCUGCAGGCAUGGGAAAGGGUAUCGCAGAGAUACAAAGGGACCAGGCGGCUCAAAAGCGCGGCCCUCUUGAUGGUGGCGAGACACCAGCCUUCCAGGGAACAUCUCCUAAACAGCUUAUCUCUACAGUGGUUGGUGGUCAGAGUGGAACAACGAAGUUGGAUCUCCUAAACAAGGCUAUGCUGCCUCCCCCACCAAUGUUUCCAUCGAAGCGAGGAGUGAAGCACUUCAAGCUUGCUUCUGUCACCCACUCCCUUGAGCCGGAGAAGAUUGACUCACUUUCUGUCAUGGCUAUAGAGAGGGUUUUGGAUGGGGAAAGGAAAGCAACUCUCGGAAAUGCCCUUCAAGCACGGACCAAGAUUCUCUCAUGUAUAGUCACACAGUUUGGAGGAGAGUUCAAAGAAAUUUUAAAGAAUUACAUUUUCUCUGACCUGCGAAACCGUGUGGAUCUGGCAUUCUCAUGGCUUUACCAGGAGUAUGCUAUGAGUAUGAACAUGGUGACGGUGGUGGGGGAGGGGGGCCGACAGAACAUGACCAGCUACGACGAGUGCCUCACCAUUAUACUGGACGGCCUCCUUAAGGUCACUGACACCAAGGAGGCGAUAUUUCAUAAAGUGUUCCUGGAGGCUCCAGCCAUCACUGAUAAUGCACUGUAUAUACUGAGAAGAUUCUGUCUAGAUGAUACACGUGUUGAAUCUGGCCUGCAGACAUUGCAGACAUUAAUCAUGACGAGACCAGCACAUAGAUUGCGCUACCUUGAUGUUCUUCUCGAGUUUACAUCCAGUGACCACAAUGAGUUGCGUAGUCAGGCAAUAGAUGUCACCAAGAACUUGUAUGAAACUCAGCAAGCUCAUCAUGCUAUUGAGUACUACGCUGUGCAGAUGUUGAAGUAUCUGCUACUGCCGAGACCUUCACCCGAACUGUACGCCAAACUGAGGGGGAGACAAGAGGCACCAGACUCGUGGAAUGAGGAUGCCAUCAAGAUGUCCCUUUACCUGUACCUUGGCCUCCUACCUUCCAACCAUAAACUCAUACAUGAAUUAGCCACAGUGUAUACUUCAACAAAUGCAGAUAUUAAAAGGACCAUAUUGAGGAUGUUGGAAGCGCCUGUGAAAGGUAUGGGUAUGGACUCCCCGGAGCUGCUCUUGUUUGUGGAGAACUGUCCUAAGGGAGCGGAGACCCUCGUCACCCGUGUCAUUCACAUCCUCACAGACAAAGCUGCCCCGUCUCCAGAGCUAGUUGAGAGAGUGAGGGACUUGUAUCACAAGCGUGUGCCAGAUGUGCGCUUCCUCAUCCCCGUCCUCAUCGGCCUCAACAAGAAAGAAGUUAUUGCAGCGCUUCCCAAGUUAAUCAAACUGAACCCUGUAGUUGUUAAAGAAGUAUUCAACAGACUGCUAGGCGGCCAUGGAGACGUAGUGUACCAGUCCCCAUUGACCCCGGCAGAGCUGCUUAUCGCCCUUCACAACCUCGAUGACAAGGCUGACAUGAAGACUACCAUCAAAGCGACAAACCUGUGUUUUGGUGAGAAGAAGGUGUACACCCAGGAGGUGUUGGCCCUGGUGAUGCAGCAGCUAAUGGAGCAGACCCCGCUACCCACGCUCUUCAUGCGCACUGUACUGCAGGCUCUCUCCAUGUUCCCUAGGCUCCUUGGGCUGGUACUCAACAUUCUACAGAGGCUUAUACCUAAACAGGUGUGGAAGCAGAAGAAGGUUUGGGAAGGUUUUGUGCGUUGCUGCCAGAGGACAAAGCCUAACUCAUUCCAAGUGUUACUGCAGCUGCCAGUCGACCAGCUCAAGGAUGUGUUCAACAUAUGCCCUGACCUCCGGGAACCACUCCUGGAACACGUCAACAAACUCACGGAAACACAGCGAUCUCACCUGUCAACGGCGACUCUGACUGUACUGGAGACAGACCCGCAGAUUGAGAAGCAGGCAGAGGAGGCCAGGCUUGCCAACGAGGAGCGACUGAGGCGCGAGGCAGAGGAGAUGCUGCAAAUACGACGCGAGGCAGAGGAGAGGGGCACAGAAGGAACGAGACAUAGAGGUGAGCAGGAAGACAAAAGGCGAGAGAGAGGUAGGUCUCGUUCCCCAGUAAGAGACCGCAGGUCUCCUGGCAGGGACCGUCGCUCACGAAGUCGAGAACGGGACAGACGAUCACCAGGGCGUGACAGAAGAUCGCCCCGUCGCUCGCCUGUCCGAGACAGGAGGUCCCCGGGACGAGACAGACCAGCCAAGGAGAACCGUGUACCAACACAUGACCCCAGUGAACCCUCUAAACCAGAACUAGCCGACCCAUCAGAGCCUCCGAGAGAGCGUCGUGACAGGCCUUCAGAGGUGAGAGACAGACGCGAAUCUCGUGACAAGAUGGCUGCCAUGAACCCACCGGCCGACAUCACAGAUCUGACCGCGGACCUGCCUGUAACUCGCCGCAGGACAGGCGAUCGGUCAGCAGAUGUUUUGAGGAACCCGAGCCCAAACCUUCGUAACCCAUCACCUGGCCCAGAUGGGGAGGUGGUGGUCAAGGCUGAACCCUCAGAUAAGGGAUAUGAGAGGAGCAGCAGUAAGCCCUAAUGUUUGCUGACAUCUUUAUGUGAACCAGAAUGACAACAGAAAAAAACGCAGCAUGAUGAGAACCAGCUUCUAUGUCAAGAUGGCAUUUCUUGGAUGGCAUCACGUGUAUGACUUCAGUGAUUUUGAUCAGUGUUCAUCCAAAUGAACAUUAUCAAGAAUAUUAUGAAUAGAUUCUUAAGUAUGCUAUGUAUGUACUGAACAUGG